UUAUCACUCAUUUUCAAAAUGGCUGCGAAGAGUGGUGGUGUGGUCGAGUGGGCCUCAAUAAUAAAGCCUAUUUUAGCCGCAUCCUAUGGAUCAUUCAAUAAAAACGAGAUCAUUGAGCUCGUCAAAGCGAUAAUCAAAAGUGAUGCUGAGUUUUCGUCACAUGAUGAACAGUACGACGCCUUCUAUACGUCCUUUGCAGCGCUGGCUGCAGAUUAUAUCGCCGGAAGCGCUGGUACAUUGUCGAAGAGCCAAAUCCCUACAGUUUGGCAAGCAUGCAGAGUGCUGCUUACCUACUUGAUCGGGAGAUUGCCUCAGGCACAGCUUGCAGAUGGGACGCCGACCAUUCUAGUUACGAAGCAGCUGCUUCUUCCUAUCCGUGCAUUAUGCAUGGGACAGUCCCUAUUGACCAAAACAGAGGAAAUCACACUUAUUGCUAUUAUGAAAAAUGCAAAAUUACCCUCACACAUCAAAACAUCACCUCCGACUGGAGAAAAAGAAAGUUCUCCUCAACCGAUCAAGGAGUCGAAACGAGCUCGUAGCGAUCUGUCGAGCAGUAUUCUUGAACAGCUGACUACACCCCUCCAGGAUUUUGUACCUAGUGUGAACAUUACAAGCGAGGCAGUGUCGAAUACGGCAAAUAAAAUUAAUUCUGAGUCGGCUAACAAUGACAUUAAUGCUGAUGCCAAGAUGCUAUUUAUAUCCAACAACAUUAGCACUCUUCAGAGCAUGGGUGCAGGAGACACGCUGCUGGAUAUGUGUACAAAUCUUCCAUACUUAUCCCGAUACACCCGGAAGUAUCAAACUUAUCUAAACAAGAAAGGAUUUUGUCUUCCGUCGAAUCAUUCUGAGGCUCAUACAAUACGGCACAGUUUACAUGCAGUAGUAAACGAUAUCAAUAUCGUGCAUAGUGUAGUAUCGCUGCCCGUUCUUGAGCCAUUAACAUCAGUCAAACUUGAGAAAUUGUCAUUGCUGGCAAUGUCCUGUUUGUAUUGCUCAAUUGCUAAUGCUACAGCUUCAAGUAUUGUUGGGAUAACGAAUGCAGUAUCCCCGAAAUGCAGCACCAAUACUUCAGCCAAUCAGCAAGGAAGUCAAAGUGGAAAGAGCACAGAAGAGGAAUAUGACUCGCUGGCUAUUACAGUAGUUGAAAAGAGCUUAGAAAUUUUUGGGAUUGUCUCUAACGUUAUUAAAUACAGCACACGUGCUGGUGGACAUAUAUUGCAAAACCAUCUCCUUAUUGGGGUUUGGCUACUAGUAGCAGGUUUGCAAGCCCAGCUUUCCGUAAGCAGUUUCAGUACGGCUGAUAAAGGAAAAGAAGAAAAAGGCAAAUCACCGAGCAAAUCAAGGGAUGGAACUGGUCGUAUAAACUUAAUGAAAGUACAACAAGGUUUCGGUGUUCUUUCUGUGGCUCUUGCCUCUCAUGCUCUCACGUUAAUGAGCGCACUAUUAGAGGAUGUCUCAGUAGAAGCAGGACCGGAUCGUCCCCCAACUCCUGAACCUGCGCCAUUGGAAAUUUUAGCUGUUGCUACAGCCUUGCAAAGAGCUGUCACUUUCUUGCAAGCGGCACCACUAAAUCAUCUUCUCUUUUACUUGGCUACAAUCAGUUACAGAAAGGCAUGUACUCUAAAAAGAGUUCAAAAACAUCCGUUUGAAGGUGAUACCUUGAGUCAAUCUGAUUCCACUACUUAUUAUGAAGAUCUCUUGAGUUGUUCAGACGAAAGCUCAACUGAUGAAGAACAAACUGUUAUGUCGGUAGAGGAGGACAGCGAACCUAUCCUGGGACUCUGGUUUGAGGAAACUUUUGCACCAUCUGAUGGUUCACCUACAAGUACAACCAAAGAACCGAAUAACGAGACGAACACCGAGAGAACUACAACUGCAAUUGUGCCUGACAAUCGAGAGCCUCAUGGAUACAUAUCUUUAGCAACACAAAUUUUUCAAUUCAUGAACCAACAUCUCAUUGGCAGUCGGAGUCUGUACAUUAGGGAAUAUGUUGUGCACGGUUUAGUGGAACAGCAAAUGGUUAUCCUCGCAGCAAUCAUUAGAGACUUGGACCACGAAACUGCUAGAACCGAAACAGGAACUAUUUCAGUUUUCUAUGGAGCUACUUUAGGGGCAAUGUAUUCUGAGUUUUCGCAAGCUCUAAGCCGCUACACUCAUAAUUUAUUAGCCCGGAAUACUCUCAGCGAAGCACUGCAGAAUACUUUGCUUCAUCACCUAGGUGUUAGUCCUUGGUCAACUGAGAACUCCGCGCCAUCCUGGCCACUUCAAGUUUAUCCCAGAACCUUGAGUGUUUUGGCACAGAUUUUAUUACUGAAGCCACAAUCCGAGAAGGAAGCUGCCUGUAUAAGCAUUUGGCACAGACUGGUUACAACCAUGGUUGAAAAUGUCUGCAAUCCCCCAGCUACAUUUGAGACCGAGAAUGAGGACUUAAACGUAGAGCAUGCACAGCUUGUACUCUUUUUGUUUCACUCAUUGAACCUGAUGCAAAAAAAAUCAGUUCUACUGGUGACUGGAAGUGGAGCUGUCCGAUGUAGCGAAGCGGUCAAAAUUCCCAUGAAGGACUCGCAAUUGCUACAUUUAUCUCGGUUACUGCUUUUGCUUGAAUACAUGAUGAAGCAUCUUUAUGACGCUCCGCCAACACUACUUGAACAGGUUCAAUGGAACUUAUUCUCGGCAACAAGCUUAGUCUCAGAUGCUAAGGAAGGAAACAAACAAGCCUCCAGGAUUUAUACGCCUUGGAAAGAAAUUGAAGAUAACUAUCGCAAAUUUGGCCCUCAAGAUGAAUUUGCCAUGAAGCCUCGCUUCUACAACCUUACUGCAGCAGAUUUCAAUAAUCAAGAUACACCAAAACUUGAUGGAUUGGCUUGCAAUUUUGUGCUUGGAACCCCAGACAAAUUAAAGUAUCCACUUCUUGUCGAUGCCUUGAUUGACAUCUUGAAUGUGAUUAAUCAAACAAGCAUGCCUCAGAAACCAGCAUCUGAAAAUCAGGAUAGAAUGACUUUUACAGGAUUGUGUGCGACACAGUACUGCUUUUCGAUCUGCUGGAGGUUGCUUCUAAUGUUGCCACCUUCAACACCAUAUAUGGACAAACUUGCCUUAGGUGAAGAGAUUCCAGCAAGUCCAAUGCUCCUGCAUUCUCUGGUUUGGGGACCCAGAGCUGCAUAUAAAACAUUUACUGGAUGGAUGAAGGAUUGUUUGGUAAAACAAGGCAUGUACACCCAAUAUGCUGAAAACCUAUUAAAAACCGUUUCAUCGACAGUUAAUUCAUUGAAAUAUGAUGUGACUCUGGCAAAAAGUUGUAUUAACGCGUUGAAACCUGAAAUAAAUCCAACUGAUAAAAUAAUGCCAAGAGCAUCUUUACCAAAGCUUAGCUCACUUUGUAUUCUGGCUGCAGUAACUGGAAAAUUACAAGUUCUCAUGGAUGAAAGCGUUUCUAAAAGUCCAUCUGACAAUAUUGAGGCCUCCAAAAGCCCUCAGACACCGGAAUCUAUCACAUCUAAUAUCAACAAAAUGGUCGUGGACAUAUUGCCUCACAUUCUAUCAUUGACAGAGGCUAUUUUGGCCUCUUGUAGAUCUAGUCUUCUUUAUCAGAUACACGAAGCUUCCGAACCAGCUGGAAAAUAUACACUCUCAGACUAUUUAGUCUUGGAUGGAAUUAUCUGUAUUGCUGGCGGUAGUUGGGCUACGGAACCUUCUCUGGUAUCUUUGUUACCAAACAGUGUUCGAACUGUGCUAGAUAAAUGGAAGGCUAUAAGUGUACCAGACGUACCAUGGAAUACCUAUGCAAAUGAUAUUAUACCAGCGGAAAGUUAUAUUCUGGCAACAGUGAAUCAUCAUAUUGGUUCACUGUCAGAAUAUAGCACUUUCUCUAUCAAUCCUUCCCUGAAAAAUUUACUUCUUGCACUGGUUACUUUCAUCAGAGAAUACAUUAUGAAAACUCCAGAGCCGUCAGAAAUUCGUUCUCGAGCAAUGGACAUUCUCAUAUCUCUGACAAUGGAUGCACGUACUGAAUUCCUCCAGGAAGCAGCAUCGCAAACAUUGGGCAGACUUAUCGGUGACUGUGAAAGUGAAGCUAGACAGCUGCGUGAACAUCUGUUUGUACUGAAUCAUACCUAUAAUUUGAUUGUCGAAUAUACCAACAGCACACAAGAUGUCAUCAAUGUUUCAAUUGAUGAAAAAAUCUUAAAACAGUGUAUCAAAUACUGGGAACAACUCUUGGAUAAGCCAGUGGGAUGUAAAGCAUUAGACAUAUUCUUUACUCCAAACACAAACACUACUCUGGUUUCGGUUUUGUUAUCUGUUUCCUCACCUCAAGCCUCUCAGCAAUUCAGUACUAAUGUUCUUCACUUCUUCGUCAAACUUUUCAAAACAGCUGAAAAAUCAAGCGACAGUUCUUUGGAACGUUUGUGCAGUUCAGUGUCAAAUCUUGCUAAUGUUGAAAGUGAAAAGCUACAGGCAUGGCUACGUCACGUUAUAUUGGGAGUAACAAGCUUUUCACCUAGUGCAUCAUCCACUAACGUCCAAACGCCCACUAUAAUUACUGCAACUGCAUUGGUAGCGGUCAGUGCUAAUGCCGAAGAUACUCAGAAAACUGACGAAUCUAACAAUGCUCCUAAUAAUGAACAGAGUCAAUGGACAGUAGCACAAGUUGCAUCUACAAACAAUACUCAAUCGUCUAGUUCCACCGAUGAUCAACAUACAAUGCAUGAAAAUAGUCAGCUAUUACAAGCUCUUACCAAUUACAUAGUGAAAGAAAAUAGCAGCGUCAGUGAAAAUGUCUCAGUAACCAUUCUCCAAGCUUUAAUCCCACUGGGAUAUCACAUUUUGUCACCAGCGAUUGAAGGCAUUGGAUUUCCAGAACUGAUGCGUGUAAUGUCUACUUUGGCAGACGCAGGAUCUCACAAAGGUCAUAUCCUGUUAUUUAGCGCUGCUACUGAAUGGAUUGAACUGUGUAAACAGCACCUGACGACAAAAGACCCACAAACGUUCGAUAAACCAUUACCCUAUGUAGAGGCUGGAUGUUGUGUGUUGAACUAUGUCGCAGACAUAGUGGGAGCAAUUUGUCCUCAGUCGAUGCAGGGUCAAGAUCGAGCAACAAGUCCACCUUGGGAUGGUGUUGCACCGCUAAAUGACAUUAACGAUAGUGAUUGGGUGGACGAAAUUGCCCACGACGACGAUGAUAGUGCAGGCGAGGACUCUGAUGAGGAUAGUCUUUGUAAUAAACUCUGCACGUUUACUAUAACACAGAAGGAGUUCAUGAAUCAACAUUGGUAUCAUUGUCAUACAUGUAACAUGGUGGAUGGUGUUGGCGUGUGUACCGUGUGUGCCCGUGUCUGUCACAGAGGUCAUGACGUUACUUAUGCCAAGUAUGGUAAUUUCUUUUGUGACUGCGGGGCAAAAGCUGACGGGUCCUGUCAAGCUUUGAUUAAACGUAGCCCUCAAAGUUCUGAACAUCAAGUCGCUAACACUGACAUUCACAAUAAUACCGGAACUUCUACUGAGAGUAAUACACUUCUGCCAAGCAGCUUGAGACGUCGAGGUUCUAGUCCUGAUCAACCUCAGGACAGAUAUGAACGAAGUGAACGUGACAAACAAAAACUUCUUGCUCUUGCUAAUCAACUUGAGGGUAGCAAGGAUUGGGUGCUCUCGCAACUAUCGAACAGCGGCUUAGUUUCUUCACUGGUAGAGCUCACACGAACUCUAGUUUCAGCAGUGGACGCAUCUUGUCAAAAAAAUUCUCCAGUUGGUUGCCAUGCAAGAGCUCAAUUAGCUCUUAGACAACUCCACACUCUCGACAAGAAAUUCGAACAUACUGAUCAGCUCAUGCUCCCAACAUUGGGAUCUCAAGAGGGAGCAUUUGAAAACGUUAGGAUGAAUUACGGCGGUGAGCAGGGUCAAACUAUAAGGCAAUUACUAUCCGCACAUUUAAUUCGGCGUGUUGCCAUGUGCUGUUUAUCAUCCCCACAUGGAAAGAGGCAGCAUCUAGCAGUCUCACACGAGAAAGGGAAAAUCACAGUGCUUCAGUUGAGUGCUUUAUUGAAACAAGCCGAUUCGUCUAAAAGGAAACUGACAUUGACUAGACUUGCAUCAGCACCCAUACCUUUUACUGUUUUGUCAGUGACCGGCAACCAGUGGAACGAAGAUUUUUUGGCUGUUUGUGGUCUUAAAGACUGUCACGUUCUGACAUUCAACAGUUUUGGAACAGUAUCUGAUCAUUUAGUAUUACAUCCACAACUCGAGACUGGAAAUUUCAUCAUUAGAGCAAUAUGGCUUCCUGGUUCACAAACUCAGUUAGCCUUGGUGACAGCUGACUUUGUUAAGAUUUAUGACCUUGGAAAAGAUGCACUGAGUCCGCAGUAUUAUUUCCUCGUGCCAACUGGAAAAAUAAGAGAUUGCACCUUUAUACACACAGAAAAUGACUUAUUUCAUCUACUUUUAAUGUCGUCAGCUGGUUACAUUUAUAGCCAAGCCAUGGAUACAGAAAGUUCUGCAAGACAUGGACCAUUCUAUGUUACGAAUACACUCGAAGUUUAUCAUUCCGAAAUCAAAGAUAUUAAUGGCCAAGUUGGUGGUGGUGGUGUUUCCAUAUAUUAUUCACACGCCUUGCAAUUGUUGUUCUUUAGUUACUCGUCUGGCAAAAGCUUUAUAGCACCAUUGAAAUAUAUGGAUUCGGAUAUUACUGUUGUGUUCAUGAUCAAUUUAGCUAACAACAAAUCAAAUGGGAACAAAUCAAACAAUAAUCAGCCGCAACCAUUGUAUCAGUGGAGUGAAGUUGCUAACCAUCCUGGAAUCGUGUGUUCCGUCUUACAAACUAGCAACAAUCCAGUAAUUCUAAUGAUCAAGCCUGAAACUGUGAUGAUACAAGAAAUAAAAGUUAUACCAGCCAAAGCUAAGAUUAUGGAUAUGGUUGCCAUAAGACACCCAAGCUCGAAUGCUGAGCACAGAACUACUUUGAUCCUGCUUUGUGAAGAUGGUAGCCUCAGAAUCUAUAUGGCGGCUAUGGAGCAAACUGGAUUCUGGAUGUCAUCCAGUGUUCAACCAAUUAGCACCAUGACUUCCAUGAAACCAACCAGAAAAAAGAAGUCCACCAAAACUGGAAAGCCCUCGAGUUCAGUUUCAUUCCCGAUCGAUUUCUUUGAGCAUUGCCAGGCAAUGAAUGACGUUGAAUUUGGCGGGAACGAUCUGCUUCAGAUAUACAAUGUAGCUCAAAUAAAGCAUCGAUUAAACACUACUGGUAUGUAUGUUGUUUCAACAAAGGCCAUGGGCUUCAACAUUGAAUGUACCAAUAGCGAUGCAACCUUGGUCAUGACUGGUAUAAGAGUUCUACUUGGGAAUCAAGAUGUCCAAAGAGCUCCGUUAUACGUUGAGGUGUUUGGACGAAGUGUACGAACAACAUUAACUCGAAGUCGAUGGUUCGACAUUCCACUUGCCAGGGAAGAAAGUUUACAAGCUGACAAAAAGUUGACCAUUACCUUCGGACCUUCUCAGGAUCCUGAAGGCGUCAUUAUGGUGGAUUCCAUCAAAAUCUACGGGAAGACAAAAGAUGCAUUUGGUUGGCCAGAAGAACCAGAAGAAAUCUCUUCUGGACAAUCAGCACCCGCUGUUGCUGCUACUGGUGUUUCAACAAGUAACGAAACUGAAAAUACAGUUGUUUCACCUGCACCACUAACUUCAUUGGACAAACCACCAAAGGAUGAUUCUGUCAAUAUAGAGAGAAUGGUAUCGAGUAUUCUCGAAGUAUUGGAAUCGUCUUUCACACUAAUGUCAAGUGACGAUACUAUUUCAUCAUUGAGAACAAUGGCAGUUGAGGUGGCUACCCAUCUUUUAACUCUACCAACUCCAGCUCCGGUCCAAAUGCACACGGUAGCGCUGCUCGCUGCAUUACACAAUACCAAAACAGCAUAUCACUCCUACAAGGACCAGGCAUUAUUACUACAUGUGCUUGAAUCGCUCAAAGCAAUGCGCGAUAUCGGUGAUCCUAGAGAUAUAGAUGCGGAGAACUUUUACAGACUUGUUCUUAUUGUAAGAAGCAUCGCCGUUGCUCGACCUUAUAAUUUGGCCAAAUUUGCUGAUCAACAUGCACCAAAAUCGUUUGAUGAAGCUAGUUUUGUGGUUUUGGAACAAGAUCGUCUCGGGCCACCUAAUCGUGGAAACGCUAAUGCUAAUCAGCAUAUAGUAGUUCAAAUUAUGGAUGUUCUGUGGUCUUUGCACAUGACUUAUCCAAAAAAUAUGGCUUUAGCACCAGUUGUAGUGCCAGGCCUAACGCACACGGAAGCCACUGUUCAUGCAAUUGUUGAGAUCAUACAUUCGUUCACAAUAUGCGACGUAGAGGCAAAUACACCUUUAGCUGCUAAGCUCUACAUUCAACUCCUAUUGAAUUCUGACACUCAAGUCAGCUUCAGUGCUAAACAAGCAAUAAUCAGGGUCUUGCGACCGAGAUACAAGAGGAGAAGAGUAUACAUACCAAGUCCACCACAUUGUAGUACUCCAGGAGUAACUACUGACAAUGAAGAAAAACCUGCUCCAGUUUCUUCCCAACCAUCCCAAGAAUCAGGAGAAAAUGAACAGCAGUUUGAAGUUGAAGCUGUGGAACCCAUGGGAUUAUUGGGUGCUGAAGGUAACCAAAUACAGGGAGGUCCCUCAGGUCGUGCUGCGAAUGCAUUGGAAGCCCUACUUGGCCCGGGAGGAUUUCCCCCGGUACUUGACAUCCCUCCUGAUGCCGAUGACGAGACUAUGGUGGAAUUGGCAAUUGCUCUCAGUUUACAGGCCAAUCUACAACCUGGUUUACAAAGCUUGCAGGCUUUGGUGGCUGAGGGACUUGCGCAAGAGCAAGAGUCUGCUCAGGGACCAGAAGGAGGACACUAUUCUGAUACAACUGCCUCUGCUGGAGGAUCGGACGAUGAAGGUUCUACUGCAGCUACAGACGGUAGUACAUUGAGAACAUCUCCUGCUGAACAAAUUGGUUUAUUGCAGGGUGGCAGUGGGGGCAGCAAAGGUAGUGAAAGUGGGGGAAGCGACAGUGGUGGUAGUGGUGUUGACAGCAUAAUUGGAGAACACAAUGUUUCUGGACGGAGUUCAGCUUAUGGGGAAAACGCCCCAGAUAGUAUGCCAACUAUAGGACAGCCUCCACGAUCCGAAACCAGUUCCCUUGGAGCUCCUAAUACUUUCACUGCAAACGAACAAGAAGAAGGCACUGAACAGGAGCAUGGUACAGAACAAGAAAAUGAAGUGGCCGGUGAAAAUACGACCAAACUUCAUGCAAUACGCCUAUUGUUAUUAGACAGACUUGUCCAAUUUAUACCACGCCUUACUAAUGUGUCCGGUGUACUGGCCAUUCCGUUUAUGCAGGUAAUAUUAAUGCUCACGUCCGAUCUUGAUGGCCAAGACGAAAGGGACCGAACCUGCAUUGAGAAUUUGUUGAAAGCACUUGUUAAAGAACUUGAAAUGGAUAAACCCGAUACAACUAAUAUUUGUCAACGUAGCAGUAAGAGAGAGGUUCACCUUGUCAUUAUGCGACUUCUGAGUGUUUUAAUGUCACGAUCAAAAUAUAACAGUAAAGCUCAGACCGAAAAUCCCAACUUUGUUUCUCAAACCACGGCAGCAAUUCUAAGCAAAGCGGGAGUAAUUGAUUACUGUUUGACACUGUUGAAGUCAUUACUCGAAUACUGGAAAUCAACUACAACUGAAGAAUCUGGAACUGUAACCGGUGGUCAAUUGCUGAAAGAUCACCUCACUACUGUACCCCCAGACAUGUCUCCAUUCUUCCUGCGCCAAUAUGUAAAAGGACAUGCCAGCGAUGUAUUUGAUGCAUACCCUCAGUUGUUGACUGAAAUGGCUCUUCGUCUUCCAUAUCAAGUUCAUAAAUAUGCUGAAAGUAGCACGCCACAGCCUGCAUUUGAGCAGCAGGCCUGGUACUUCUAUCUUUGUGAAUAUAUGAUGUCAUAUCAAACUCCGUUCGUGCGACGCCAAGUACGGAAAUUGCUACUUUUCAUUUGUGGUAAUAAGGACAAGUACAGACAGCUUCGAGACUUGCACGCUCUGGUAUCUCAUGUACAGUCAGUUCAACAGUGCUGUAACACAGGGGGCUAUGAUCCGUUGCAAGCCCGACCUCACUCUAUCACUCUGCCUUAUGACUCCCUUGUAGAGCUUAUAGAACAUUUAAAAUGCUGCGUGGAGAUAGCUACGAGCCGGACUGGAAACUGGCAACGGUUUUGCUUGAAACAAAAUACUGUGCUUUCUUAUUUAUUAACAAUUUCGACAUUGUUAGAUGAGGGGGUGAGCUCAACAGUAUUGCAGUUACUACAGUGUGCCAUAUGUUCGUCUACUAAGUCUAAAGAUGCCAAAGUAAAAGAAUCUAAAACUGUAACUAACACUAAAGAACGACGUGACCGUGAAAAAUCAGAAGAUUCAGAUACUGAAGCAAAGUUUGAAGAAACUCAAUGUGUUACCUUGGUUGAACAAAUACAGCAACAAGUUUCUCCAGGUCUACUCACAAAGUUUAUACAAACGUUCCUGCUAGAAACCAAUAACACGAACGUACGCUGGCAAGCACAUUCACUUGUAUUGGCUAUUUAUAAAAAUUGUAACCCAGCUGAUCAAGAAGCGCUACUUGACCUCUUAUGGCGUUUGUGGCCACUGCUUCCCGUUUACGGCCGCAAAGCGGCACAAUUUGUUGAUUUAUUGGGGUACUUCUCGCUGAAAACACCCCAUACCGGCAAAAAGAUGCAUACGUACAUGGAACAAGCAGUCGCUGUUUUGCAUGCUCAAAAUCAACUCCUUUCGCGACAUCCAAAUGCAAAUUUGUAUGCAAACUUAGCACAAUUUGUUGAAUUGGAUGGAUAUUAUUUGGAAAGUGAACCUUGUCUGGUUUGCAAUAAUCCGGAGGUCCCAUUGGCUACGAUCAAACUCUCAUCGAUCAAAGUAGAUUCAAAAUUCACUACGACCACUCAAAUCGUGAAGCUGGUUGGCAGCCACACUAUUAGUCGCAUCACGCUUCGAAUAGGUGAUUUAAAAAGAACAAAGAUGGUUCGGACGAUUAACGUAUUCUACAAUAACAGAUCAGUGCAAGCUGUUGUUGAAUUGAAAAAUAAGCCAGCCAUGUGGCAUAAAGCUAAAAAAAUUACACUUACUCUAGGUCAAACUGAGAUUAAAAUGGAAUUUCCUUUGCCUAUUGUUGCCUGCAAUUUAAUGAUCGAAUAUGCUGAUUUCUAUGAAAACAUUCAAGCCUCUUCAGAGACUCUACAGUGCCCAAGAUGUUCUGCAAGUGUUCCAGCAAAUCCUGGAGUUUGUGCCAACUGUGGCGAAAACGUAUUUCAAUGCCACAAAUGUCGUGCGAUUAAUUAUGAUGAGAAAGAUCCAUUCCUGUGUCAUGCCUGUGGAUUCUGCAAAUAUGCUAAAUUUGACUAUACACUUACUGGUAGACCUUGUUGUGCCGUUGAUCGUAUAGAAAGCGACGAUGAUCGUAAGAAAACAGUAGGUACAAUAAAUACCCUACUAGAAAAAGCAGACAGAGUAUAUAAAACAUUGAUUUCAAACAAACCAACAUUGGAAAUGUUGCUGGUUAAAAUUUCCGAACACCGAUUGGAUCGGGGUCUUGAAGAUGGGGUCCAGGUUUCCGGCAGUACUCAAGUUAAUCGAGCCAUUCAACUACUUGCUCAGAGAUAUUGUGGCGAGUGUAAAACUUCCUUCGAAGAGUUGAGCAAAAUAAUUCAAAGAGUUCUUGCUUGUCGGAGAGAGCUGGUGGCUUAUGACAGAAAUCAGCGAGAUCAGACCGUUACUCCACGAGCUUCUAGUCAUGCAUCUACCAGCCAUGGAGCUUCCAGAGAAGAAACAAUCGUUCCUCCUAUGGGUCGAUGCUAUGGAUGUGCAUCUGCUGCCACGGAACAUUGCCUAACACUUUUACGUGCAUUGGCCACGAAUGGGGCUGCAAGAGAAGUAUUGUGUAAACAAGGAUUGAUCCAAGAGCUUGUUGAAAACAAUCUGCGCAAAGGCACCGUUCAAAUGCAAGAAGAAGUACGCCAGUUACUAUGCCUUGUAACAAGAGAUAAUAUGCAUUCUACUAAAGAGCUGUGCACACUUCUGACAGGACGUGUCACAAUGACGUUGAAAGGUCGUGUCGCAGCAUUCGAUUUGGCUUUAGCAGUUAGACAUGAAAUGGCACUUCUAGCUGCACUUGUACAAAAAGAAGACGCAUGUUGGGAGCAAAAGUUGCGUUGUGUCAUGCAAUUAUUUUUGAUGGCUUGCAAGGAUUCAAAAAGUCCGGUUGUCAUGGAAAGCAUAAUUUUGCCAUGCUUGAAAAUUCUACAAGGCCUGAUUAAGCCUGACCAACCUAUUUCAAAGAAAAACAAAGAUAAGACUAUUGAUUCACUAGCAACUGUCCAACCUCCUGAGGGGGUGAGCAUUGAUGUUGGAAAAUGGUUAAGCGGAGAUCCAAAACAUUCUUAUUCUGAAUGGCUUCAACGGAUGCCAGCCAAGAAACCAGAACGUCCGCCAAGUAAACCAUUGAAGAAGGAAGAAGCUCGUGUAUUAUAUUUGAUGGAGAAAUACGGUCAUCGCUGGCACUACCGCUGCAUGCGUCUACGAGGUAUACAACCCUUAAAGUUAGCUGACGGAGCAUGGCUGAAAGAAGUUUUGUUCAACCCAAGUUCGAGAUUAGCCCGACAGGUAGCAUGCAACAUGGUCGAGAGUCUUUGCCAAGGAACAGAACGUAAAAAAGAAGUUCUCGUUCUUCUGACAUGCUACUUAGAAGAAUUGCGCUCCGCCGGUGAAAGUAGCACCGAGUUUCUAUCAUUAUAUCAAAGUCUGAUCCGACAACCGCCGUGGAAACAGUUUCUGGCAGUGCGUGGAGUCAUGUCUCUUCUGGCCGAUCUUCUUACGCGAGAGAUUGAAGAGCUACAUCGUCUAGAAGAAACCACGUUAACCAGUGAUCUUGCUCAAGGCUAUUCCUUGAAAAUGCUGACUGAACUCUUAGCUACGUUCCUGGAACAGGAAAAUAUUAAACAACAAUACAAGGGUCGCCUAGUAGGAGCUGUACUUAACGGAUAUUUGUCCCUACGCCGUCUUGUAGUUCAACGUACACGGCUCAUUGACGAUACCCAAGAAAAGUUAUUGGAACUCUUGGAAGAAAUGACAUCUGGUACAGAAGCAGAAACAAAAGCUUUCAUGUCCGUGUGUGUUGAAACUAUUCAAAAAUACAGCAUCUCAGAUGUACGGACACCUGUUUUUGUAUUUGAACGUUUGUGUUCAAUCAUAUAUCCUGAAGAAAACGAUAUUGGCGAGUUCUUUUUAACCCUAGAGAAAGAUCCUCAGCAAGAAGACUUUUUACAGGGACGCAUGUUGGGCAAUCCAUAUAGCAGUCUGGAGCCAGGCUUGGGUCCAUUGAUGCGAGAUGUCAAGAAUAAAAUCUGUCAAGACUGCGAGCUUGUUGCACUCCUUGAAGAUGAUAAUGGCAUGGAACUUUUGGUGAACAAUAAAAUCAUCAGCCUUGAUUUACCAGUGAAAGAGGUUUAUAAAAAGAUAUGGGUAUUAGAGGGUGGUGAGUGCGAUGCAAUGCGCGUUGUUUACCGUAUGCGAGGACUUCUUGGUGAUGCAACUGAAGAAUUUGUAGAAACACUGAAUGCAAGCAGUGAACAGGAAGUAAAUAACGAAGAAGUCUAUAAAAUGGCCAACAUUUUAGCUGAGUGCGGAGGUCUCCAAGUUAUGCUCGAUAGGCUUGCAGCCAUCCGGGAUGUCAGUCGAGCAAGGCCGCUCCUUCAAGUUCUUUUGAAAUUAUUUAGAUUAUCUGUAAAAGUCAAGAAAAAUCAAGAAGUACUCAGCAGACCUGAGCUCGGUGCUGUUACGGUGCUCCUUGAUGUACUUCAAAGAUGUGUUGUCAGUGAGCCAGACAAGUCUCAAGCUAAAGUCACAGAACAACUACUUGACAUUAUGGAGACGAUUCUAGCCAACGCUGCAUCCCAGCCUCUGUCUGCCUUUGAAGCAUUCUCUCGAACUCUAGGUGGACCUGAACAUGUCAAAGCUUUGUUAUCGUGUACCCAAUCAGCUGCUGUCAGACAAAGUAAUAACGUACUAGUACAUCUGGCACGAGUGCUCGCGGCACUCACAUAUGGUAAUCAAGAGAAAAUGGCUCUGCUUUGCGACUACUUCAAGCCUGUACUCGAUUUCUAUAAGUUUGACUUCGAACACACAUCUGACGACGAGCAAAAGUUGGAACUAUUCUGCAUUCUUACACAGGGUAUUGAAAGAAACGCUAUCGGAAAUACAUUAAAAGACCAUAUAAUCAACAUGGGCAUUGUGAAAGAUGCUCUGGAAUAUAUUACACUACAUGCUCCAUGUGUCAAACCAACUCUCUUGCGUACAGACAGUGAUGAAUUGAAAGAAUUUAUCUCCAAACCUGCCCUCAAGUACAUCUUACGUUUUCUUACUGGUUUGGCAACUGAUCAUGAACCAACACAGCUGGCCGUUUCGCAAGAUACAAUUCCUAUAAUUCAUAGACUUGAACAAGUCUCAUCUGACGAACAUGUUGGCUCACUAGCCGAAAACUUAUUAGAAGCAUUGCGUACCAAUGAAAGAGUAGCUGAAUUAAUUGAGGAAGCACGACAGCAUACUCGUAGUGAAAAGAAACGAAUGGCCAUGGCGAUGCGUGAGAAGCAGUUAGGUGCUCUGGGUAUGCGAACCAAUGAUAAGGGUCAAGUAACCGCUAGUGGUACUAUUCUUCAGCAGAUGGAAGAUCUUGGGGAUGAAACUGGCCUCGUGUGUGUGAUUUGUCGAGAAGGCUACAAGUUCCAGCCUGCCAAGGUUCUUGGUAUUUACACGUUCACGAAACGCUGCAACGUGGAAGAGUUUGAAACUAAACAGAGGAAAACAGUUGGAUAUACCACAGUAACUCAUUUCAACGUGGUACACGUAGACUGUCACAUGUCUGCUGUACGUCUGGCACGAGCAAGAGACGAAUGGGAAAGUGCCGCAUUGCAGAAUGCAAAUACUAAAUGUAAUGGACUCUUACCGUUGUGGGGUCCUCAAGUACCAGAGUCUGCCUUUGCUAGUUGCUUAGCUAGGCACAAUACUUAUUUACUAGAAUGCACUGGUCAUCGAGAUAUUUCUUAUACAUCUACUGUCCACGAUUUGAAACUACUAUUGUUACGCUUUGCUCAAGAAAAGAGUUUUCAUGAUGAUACCGGUGGAGGUGGGCCACAGUCGAACAUGCACGCAAUUCCUUAUCUUCUCCAUAUGGCGCUUUACGUAAUCAACACGACCAGAUCAUCGGCCAGGGAAGAAAAAACGUUACUCGGCUACUUAGAAUCUGCACCAAGUCCAGCGUGGCUGGAGAGUUGCUAUGAAGCUGAAGGUCCUCUAUAUCAGUGCACUCUUUCUCUUCUUUUGCUGUCACAUACGAGAUGGACACAGCUACGGCUUUCUCAUUUACGCAGGCUGAUUGUAAUGGCACAUCAGCGACAUGUUUCACCCUCAUCAUCGAACAAAACUAUUUCUGAUACUACGGUAAAAGAUUACGCCGUUUACAAAAGUGCUUUGAUUUUCUUCGGGCUUGUGGACUCGAUCUACUCAAAUCUCUUCAAAAAAGUGAUUGUAUUAUCUGAUGAUCAAUGGCCAGCAACUUUGGCUGAGUAUAUAAGGCAUAAUGAUGAGGCAAUGCUAAAAGCUUGUGACCGAAUCCUAACGACAUAUCGGUUUGAAUUGUUGCCAUGUGCUUCAUUUGACGAGUUUUGUGAUAUUGUUGGUUUGCUUGGAGAGAUCUCUGAUCCUAUGGCGUAUAUGGCAGAUUUAUUGCAGAGUUUAGCCUAAGUUUAGCAAACAUACCACCACUUUUCGCUUUUUCGACCGAUUUAAGUUUUCUGUAAGUAGAUUAACCUUUUUAAUUAUAAAUAUACACACGAACUAUAGAUAACCAGUCUCUGUUGAAAAAGAAAUACCUAACUUGUUGUUUAUCACUAUGAAAUGUUUCAUUUUAGUUUGUUACGUAAUAAGUUACUAUUUGAUGUGUUUAAAUAAUGUGUACCUAACUCUAUAUUACAAUGUUAUUUAUGCAUAGAUAUAAAAAUAAAGAUUUGUGCUUUCGGAAAAUUCGAUAUAAUAAAGCAUUUGCGUGUAA